AUGCGGGCACACUGGUGGCGUGCUCCCCUGAGUGCAAGGAAACUACAGAUUGACUUUGUCCUGCCUCCAGAGAUGAUGCGUCCCACUGGAGCGGAGGAGGCGGAGGAGGAGGAGGGGGCGGCGGAGGAGGAGGAGGAGGGGAGGCGGAGGCGGAGGAGGAGGAGGAGGGAGGAGGAGGAGGAGGAGGAGGAGGAGGAGGAGGAGGAGGCGGAGGAGGGAGGAGGCGGAGGAGGAGGAGGAGGGGAGGAGGAGGAGGCGGAGGCGGAGGAGGAGGCGGAGGAGGCGGAGGAGGAGGAGGAGGAGGCGGAGGAGGCGGAGGAGGAGGAGGAGGCGGCGGAGGAGGCAGAGGAGGAGGAGGCGGAGGAGGAGGAGGAGGAGGAGGAGGCGGGGGGAGGAGGAGGCGGGGAGGAGGAGCGAGACACAGGUGUGUAA